ACAUUAAAAAAAUAUAUAUAUACUUUAUUCCCUAUUCUUAUAAAGAAUUGGAUGACACUCAUGCUCCUCCUUUAGACAAUGCACAUACAUUACCGCUAGAUGUCUCCCUCCUCCAUGCAUCAGAGCCUCACAACAAGUAGCCUAGCUCGAAGUGCACUACUACCGCACUGAAGUGUUCAUGUGUUCGCUGAUUUCUGUGUCCGCGAGGUGCUCGUCGUGAGGCAGUCGCCAUUUUGAAACCCAAAUCGUUCACAGUACACCCACCCUGAAACCUGGAACUAUGCCGCGGGGCCGGCCUCGCAAACUGAGGGAUAAAACCAACGACGGAACAGAGGGUAUAUCUGGAGCCAAGCAGGACAACAGCCAUGGGGAUUCCAAGGACAACAAGUGCACCGUCUGCUCCCAGAGCUUCACCACUGAGAGCCAGCUACAGAGGCACCAGCGCGACCAUGAGGCCAACGACAAGCUUCACCGGUGCGACCAGUGUGCUCAGACGUUUAACGUGGAGUUCAACCUCAUGCUCCACAAGUCCACACACGCCACCUCAAACCCCACCUGCCCGGUGUGCCACAAGAAGUUCUCCCGCGUGGCCAGUCUCAAGUCCCAUAUCAUGCUGCAUGAGAAGGAGGAGAAUCUGAUCUGUACAGAGUGUGGUGACGAGUUCAUUCUCCACAGUCAGCUCAUGCUGCAUCUGGAGGAGCAUCGCAAAGAGCUGUCUGGGGCCAAGGUGUACACCUGCAAGACCUGCAGCAAGGAGUUCAAGAUGGCGGGCCAGCUCAAGGAGCACACCAAGACCCACGUCAAGAUGAGGCCACUCAGUUCGAAUUCCAGAAACUACAAGAAGAAUAUCGAUCGGAGUGGAUUCACCAACAGCUGUCAGCACUGUGGCAAGACAUUUAAAAAGCCCAGCCAGCUUGUUCGACACACACGAAUACACACAGGCGAGCGGCCGUACAAGUGCAGCCACUGUAGCAAGGCCUUCAACCAGAAAGUGGUGCUGCAGACCCAUAUGGUGAGGCACACGGGAGAGAAGCCCCACCUCUGCAUCUUUUGCCCCGCUUCCUUCUCGCAGAAGGGCAACCUGCACUCGCACGUCCAGAGAGUGCACUCUGAGCUUACGGGAGUACCACUGUUCCCGUGCAUGGACUGUAGCUGUGUGUUCAAAAAGCUGGGCAGUCUCAACGCUCACAUCAGCAAGAUGCACAUCUUGCUCAUCGAGGAAUCGGCCAACACACAGGAGGUAGAGGAGUCGGGUCAGGGAGUGGCGGGGUCAGAGGGCAGCGAGGUGGUGACUGACGUGAUCCAGCAGCUCCUAGAGCUGUCAGAGCAGGUGACAGGGGAGGGGACCCAGUCACAGACCCAAGAAGAGGAGACAGCCAUCAACCAGGACAUCCUACAGCAAGCCCUGGAGAACAGUGGGUUGAGCGUGGUUCAGUCCCAGACCAACGGAGUGGCCAGACAGACUCAGAGCCAUGCCUCCGAGGGGGCUUUACCUGACAGUAAGAAGUUACCAGGCCAGGACAAAACCACCAAGAAGGAGAAGAAAAGUAUCUUCAGAAAACCUGUACAGAUGCCAGGCUCCAUCAGGGAGGAGAACGGCGUGCGGUGGCACAGCUGCCCUUACUGCAACAAGGAGUUCAAGAAGCCCAGCGACCUGGUGCGCCACAUCCGCAUCCAUACACACGAGAAGCCCUUCAAGUGCAAGCAGUGCUUUCGCGCCUUUGCCGUCAAGAGCACCCUUACUGCCCACAUGAAGACGCACACAGGCAUCAAGGCCUUCGAGUGCCAGUGCUGCAUGAAGUGCUUCUCCACGUCGGGAAGCAGGAAAGUCCACAUGCGCCUACAUACAGGUGUGCGUCCGUUCCCGUGCCCUCACUGUGACAAGAUCUUCCGUACAUCGGGCCACAGAAAAACACACAUCGCCUCCCACUUCAAGAGUCUGCAGCAGAAGAAGCACAAGUUCCCACGCAAAUCCCAUAAAACCAAGGUGUCCAAGAGCAACAUACCUCUGCCUGAUAUCCCCCUGCAAGAGCCCAUACUUAUCACGGACCUUGGUCUCAUCCAAUCCCAGAACCCUCGCCUGGCCUUUCAGACGUACCUGGAGAUGGUGGACAAUGAUCGGCCAUACAAGUGUCCCUGCUGUAACAAGGCCUAUAAGAAAUCCAGCCACCUCAAGCAGCACGUUAGGUCUCACACGGGAGAGAGGCCGUACAAGUGUGUCCAGUGCAGUAAGGGCUUUGCCUCCUCUGGGGUGCUGAAGGCUCACAUCCGGACCCACUCGGGCCUCAAGGCCUACAAGUGCCUAAUUUGUGACACCACAUUCACCACCAGCGGCAGCCUGCGCCGCCAUAUGACCACCCACAGCGACAUGCGGCCCUACAUGUGCCCUUACUGCCAGAAGACCUUCAAGUCCUCACCCAACUGCAGGAAGCACAUGAAGACCCACAGGUAUGAGUUGGCCCAGCAGCUCCACCAACAGCUGAACCCGGAGCCCUCGACGCUGGACGACCCCAUGGACGGCACCACCGUGACCCACAACCUGCAGGUGGAGCUGGAGGACGGCACCCUACAGCAGGAGGCUCCUCCCACGGUGGGCUCAGAGCAGCAGGGCAUGCUGGGACUGGACCAGGCGCAGGUGGUGGACGGCGGCCAACAGGUGUCGCUGGAGACCCAGCUAAGUGACCAGCCCCUGGGACAGGAAGAGGACACCUUCGUGACUACCCAGCAUGCUCUGCCUCAGAAUAUUAGCCACUUUGAGACGCAGACACUCCCACAGCCUGGCUUUGACCAGCAAGCACUUACUCAAGGUUUCACCAUCACCGCAGAGGGCUAUCCCCAGGCUCAGUUCUCUACUGUGCAGCAGCUACAGGACUCCAGCACACUGGAGUCUCAGGCCCUCUCCUCCAGCUACCAUCCCCAGAACCUGCUCCAUGUGCCCAGCCAAGAGACAAGUGGCCUGCUCCAGGAGACUAGCCAAGGAGACCUCCAGCUGUCUGACCAGACGCAAGACUACCAAGACCCAGAAGACAGCGAGGACAACAGCAAGAGGGCUUACAGGUGCACCAUGUGUAAUAAACCUUUUAAGAAGUCCAGCCAUCUGAAGCAACACGUGCGCUCCCACACCGGAGAGAAACCCUACUGCUGCAACAUUUGUGGCCGAUGCUUCGUCUCAGCGGGGGUCCUCAAGUCCCACCUCAACACACACACAGGAGUGAAGGCCUAUAAGUGUAACAUGUGUGACACUUCCUUCACCACCAACGGCAGUCUGAACCGCCACAUGGUUGUCCACCUGAAGCCCUACAAGUGUCACAUGUGUGAGGACAGCUUCCGCAACAAUGUGCUGUAUAGGAAGCACUUGAAGAAGGACCACGCCGAAGUGGACAGAGGGCUGGAGGAUGAGGAUGGCGAGGAGGAAGAGGAGGGUGAGCAGACCGUGAUGAAAAGGAACCGGGCCAACAUCAUAACCUUCACCGAGGAGCAGGCGGAGGAGCUGGCCAAGAAUGACCCUGGUGACGAGGCGUCCGUGUCGGAGAAGGUGCUGGCCCAGUCGGCGGCGGAGCGCGACCGCAUCAGCGAGAUCAAGGACAAGGCGGUGGAGCUGGAGACGGAGCCCAAGUUCGCCAACUGCUGUAACUUCUGCCCCAAGAGCUUCAAGAAGCCCAGCGACCUCGUCAGACAUAUCCGGAUCCACACAGGAGAGCGUCCUUACAAGUGUGACGAGUGUGGGAAGAACUUCACCGUGAAGUCCACCCUGGACUGCCACAUAAAGACCCACACAGGUCAGAAGCUGUUCAACUGUCACAUGUGCAACACAUCCUUUUCCACCAAAGGGAGUCUGAAAGUCCACAUGCGUCUCCACACAGGCUCCAAGCCCUUCAAAUGCCCCUUCUGCGAGCUCCGCUUCCGCACCUCAGGCCACCGCAAGACCCACAUCCAGUGUCACUACCGGCCCAGCUCAGAGGGUCGGAAGGCCAAGCGAGCGGCAUCGUCCAGAAGUAACCAGAACCAGCAGCACCCGGCUAACCCAGAGAUCCUCCACCCUGUGGGCCUGCUCCAGGCUAACACCACAGACCAUAACAUCUACCUCCCAGCCAACCAGGUCCUCGCAGGCCAGUUUGACCAGAACUUGCUGCAGCAAGGCCUGGUGGGCCAGGCUAUCCUGCCUACCUCCAUGUCCGCGGGUGGUGACCUGACAGUGUCUCUGUCGGAGGGUCUGGCUACUCUGGAGGGCAUCCACCUCCAGCUCACCUCUGCCAACCUAGUGUGUCCCAACGUCCAAAUCUCUGGCAUCGACUCCAGCAACAUCAACAACAUCACACUGCAGAUUGACCCAGCCAUCCUCCAGCAGGGAGGUCUCCUCUCCCACGCCCUGACAGGAGACGGAAGCCUGACCAGCCACCCUGGUGCCCACCUCAUGGCCACGGGAGACCCCUCGGCGUCCAGCUCCAAUUUGGUCCUGCACCCGCUCACCAGCCUGGCUCUGCACCCCCCCGCUAUCGGCCCCGGCCACGUCACCAUGGGUAGCCUUGGCGAGCACGACAUCACAGGUUCUCAUCAGGACCUGAGCCAUGUGAUGAAUGCUCCAGGCCUGGUGUCCAGUGGGGCUCAUGGUGCUCAGGAGAUCACCCUGACCAUCAACAACUCCAGCCUCACCCAGGCUCUAGCUCAUGUCCAGGCCCAGGCCAACGCUGCUGCUGGGGGCAACACUGCUGCAGGCAACCACCCCCAGGAGAUCACACUCACCAUAUCAGGUCAAGACCUCCUCCAGCAGCACGGCACCCAUGGUGGCGGAGAGAUGAUUGGCGGGAUCAGGCUGGCAUCCCACCAAACCACAGGUGCCACCCUCACCAUUGGCAAUGACCACCUUCUACCUCAGAGCAACGCGGGCAUGACUGUCACCAGCCUGCCGCCUAGCACCUCCCUAUCGCAGACUGCUGGCUCCCAGAGCCUGGUGAUGUCAUCAUCGAGCAUGGCCAGUGACGGCAGCGUGACUCUCACACUGGCAGACACACAGGGUAUGCUGGACGCUCAACCUCAAUUCACGCUCAACUUCAACGCACAGAGUCAGCAGUACCAAACUGUGCUCAGUGACCAGGAUCUCUCAGGACAACAGGCCACCCAGCAGGUCAUACUGAUCAGUCAUCACCCCCAGGUCACUGAGGGACAACCUGACAAUGUAUACAGGCUAUCAGAGGAGGGCCAGGCGGUGGGGAAGGAGGACCAGGGGCAUAACCAGAAGCAGAACCAGUGUUUCUACUGCGAUCAGGUGUGUCAGAGUGCCAACACGCUGCGACGCCACUGCAGGCAGGCCCACGGCAAGGACCGGUGCCACGUCUGCAGAGUGUGUGGCAAGGCCUUCAAAAGAGCUACUCACUUAAAGGAGCACGAGCGUGUCCACCAGCGAGGACCCUCACUGGGCUCCCAAAGGCCCAAGUUCUUCAAAUGCUCCUCCUGUGAUAAAGCCUUCGCCAAGCCCAGCCAACUAGAGAGACACAACCGCACACACACAGGUGAGCGCCCCUUUAAGUGUUCCCAGUGUGACAAGGCCUUCAACCAAAAGAGUGCCCUACAGGUACACACGGUCAAACACACAGGGGAGAAGCCCUACAAGUGUGAAAUCUGCAGCAUCAGCUUCACACAGAAGAGCAACAUGAAGCUGCACAUGAAGAGGUCGCACGGCUACGGACAAUGACCCAACACACCUUCAGAUGACCUGGCCUCCACAAUCACCCGACAUCAACCCAAUUGAGAUGGUUUGGGAUGAGUUGGACCGCGGAGUGAAGGAAAAGUAGCCAACACGUGCACGAUAUAUGUGGAAACUCCUUCAAGACUGUUGGAAAUGCAUUCCAGGUGAAGCUGGUUGACAGAAUGCCAAGAGUGUGCAAAGCUGUCAUCAAGGCAAACGGUGGCUACUUUUGAAGAAUGAAAAAAUAUCAAAUAUAUUUUGAUUUGUUUAACACUUUUUUGAUUACUACAGGAUUCCAUAUGUUAUUUCAUAGUUUUGAUGUCCUCACUAUUAUUCUCAAUGUAGAAAAUAGAAAAACUCUUGAAUGGAUAGGUGUGUCCAAACUCUUGACUGGUACUGUAUAUUUUAUUCAGCUUUGUUCAAUUGUAUUCUUCAUGCUAUAAAAUAAUGCCACGGAAUUCUAAGCUAAAUGAACUCGUGUGGCCCACAGCCAUUUGGCAUAGCCACAUCAGGACCUAACUCAGAGUAUGCUAUUAUUUUCUUCUGAAAUAGACUACAUAUCAUGCUUCUUUGGACCUGUCUAAAAUUAAUAAUGUAUUUAUUGUGAAGGUGUAGGCUAUAGUACAUAGAUUGAUUACACUUUUUAAAAUGGCUUGUAGGUUAUGUGUAGAAGCCAGGAGAUACUAAUUUUACAGUUAUUUGCUUGACAAUCACCAGCCUGUUCAACCCACUAUCAUCCGUACAGGUGCAUCAAAGCUGGGACCGAGAGACUGAAAAACAGCUUCUAUCUCAAGGCCAUCAGACUGUUAAAUAGCCACCACUAGCCUGCCACCACCCGGUUACUCAACCCUGCACCUUAGAGGCUGCUGCCCUAUGUACAUAGACAUGGAAUUUCUGGCCACUUUAAUAAUGGAACACUAGUCACUUUAAUAAUGUUCACAUACUGUUUUACUCAUCUCAUAUGUACAGAGCCCUCCACUAAUAUUGGCACCCUUGGUAAAUAUGAGCAAAACAGGCUGUGUAAAUCUAUUCUUACCACUUAAGUGGUAAGCCAUGACUUCCUGUUUCACUGGGGUAUAAAUACGAUGUGACACACAGGCCAGGUUCCCAUAGUCAUCCAUAACUAUGGGAAAGACCCAAUAAUACAGUAAUGAUGUGCGACAAAAGGUUGUUGAGCUGCACAAAUCAGGAAAUGGCUAUAAGAAUGUAGCUCAAUGGUUGAAAAUGCCCAUUUCCACUAUCGUCAAAAAUUAAGAAGUUUAAAGCAACUGGAGAUGUUAACAAUCGGCCUGGAAAAUGGACGUGUGUUUAUUUUGACUCCACGCACAGUGAGGAGGAUGGUUCGAGUGGCCAAAAAAUCUCCAAGGAUCACGGCUGGAGAAUUGCAGACGUUAGUUGGGUCUUGGGGUCAGAAAGUCUCCAAAACUCCACCUACAUAACCACAAGUUGUGUGGGAGGGUUGCCAUAAAAAAAAACCUUGCUGUCAUCAAACAACAAACUCAAGCGCCUAGAGUUUGCCAAACGUUACUGGGACUUUCAAUGGGACCGGGUUCUAUGGUCAGAUGAGACCAAAAUAUAGCUUUUUGGAAACAAUCACCGGAGGUGGGUUUGGAGGUGGGUUUCUGCCGUGCAGAAAAGUACCUCAUCCCCACUGUGAAGCAUAUUGCGGUGGCAAACGUUUGAAAAGAAUUUGGCAUUUUCAAUGGAUUAUUGUGUUGGUUGUUGGUGUUAGAUCAAUCUGAAAUAUCGCAACCCUGUCACUAACUUUUUGUGAUAUAUAGCAUUUCCUAUUCCAUGGUAAAUAUGUGAACAGGGCUCUUUUUCACAGGAUUAUUGUGCAUUUAAUUUGACAUGCUAAUUGAUUAAUCCUCAUUAUAAACUGGGUGGUUCGAGCCCUGAAUGCUGAUUGGCUGACCGCCUUGGUUUACCAAUCCGUGUACCACAGGUACGACAAAACAUGUAUUUUUACUCCUCUAAUUAAGUUGGUUACCCGUUUUUAAUAGCAAUAAGGCACCUUGGGGGUUUGUGGUAUAUGGCCAAUAUACCAUGGCUAAGGGCUGUAUCCAGGCACUGUCUGUGUAUGUGGGGGGUGAGUGCGAGAGUCAGUCUUUAUAGGAGAAGGCUAGCAACAACAAAAAAUUCCAAGGCGAUAUCUAACAAACGUUCACCUGCAGACAUGUGUUUGGAUGAUUUACAAUAGCUCUUUUAUUGAGAGCGUCAGAGAGAGACAGUAAAAUGAAGUGAGUUCUUUCAAUAGAUAGAAUGGGUUUAAUUAUGGACCCUUGCUGUGACGCACUCUCCCGUUUGUGCCUAUUUGGUUCUGUAUACCUCCAUUUAAACGUUUGAUGGUUAGUACAAAGGAAAUGUCCUCUGCUGAACUAACUCUCAUGUCUAUUGAUGGACCCCGGACACAAAGGCUCUGUCUCGACUGCUUAAAACGUCUGUCCUCACCACCUCCUCAUCUGCACAGUUUGGGGAAAACAAUAUGGCUGAAGGCAACUCGUCCUCCUCAGGCUGACUCAUUGUCACCUUGUCAAUUCUUCCAGAUCAAUGCAUCGAAAGGCGAGGAUUUUCUUUUUACAGUUGAGAAAGAGCUCUGGUAAACUCACCCCUUCCUCUUACUUCACAGGUGAUAAAUGUGUUGUGUGUUGUACUGUAUUUUUUUUUCAUUCUUAAACUCUGAGACUCCCUUGACACUCUCUCCAGUCUAACAGCAAUGUUCAUGAGUAACUUUGUCCCUCUCACUCUGUCCUCUCUUUCAUUCUCUUCUCUUUCUUACUCUCUCUCCUUCUCUCUUUCUGUGUGUCUCUCUCCGUCUUUCUCUUGGACACAGGUCUCGAUCGGACCCAGGAGAUGACUUUGGAGCAGGGGACAGAGACUGAAGUGGAUGUCCCUCCUGAGUUGAAUGACAUGGAAGAGGUUGUCCAGGAGUCUUCUGGAGACUGGCACUGUGGCAUUCCCAAUGUCUUCCCUUA